AUGAAAAUUGGUGGUAACCUAUUCAGCUUGAUGAUAGUUUAUCUGUCAAAGAAAGAAUCAUCUGUUCUCUACCAAGGCUGUAGAAGCAAGUGUAAAGAAAUAUCCUUAGGCUCAGGGAAAUCCUCCCGCCAGGACCAGAAUUUCCGCUCUGUUCAAAGCAACGUUGCUGAACCUGUCAAUGUUUUUGUUGACUCAGGGACGCAGAUCAAUAUCAUAAGUUCUAGUAUGAACAAGAAGAUUACAAGAGUAAUGUUAGUGGAGGCAACUUCCGUUACCAUCCUCAGCGGAGUGCCUGGCACUAACGUGCUCAUCCACGGUGUGGCCAAGUACACAGUGGAAGACAUCCCAGUGGAGCUGUGUACCCACCUGGUGUAUGCCUUUGCUAUCCUCGACCCCAAGACCCUCUUGGCCAAACAACACGACUCUUGGCUUGACAACGACCUCAAGAACUAUGACAAGUUUGUCCAGCUUAAGAAGAAGAAUCCCGGAAUGAAGGUGUUGCUGGGUCUGGGUGGCUGGAAUGACUCUCGCAGUAACAAGUACUCAGAGUUGGUAGCUCAUCCUGGCCACCGACACAAGUUUGUGAAGGAGGUCGUCAAGUUGCUCCUGCAUCAUGGCUUCGAUGGUCUUGACCUGGACUGGGAGUACCCGGGCUAUGAAGGGAACCAUACCGAUAAAGCAGGUAACUACACCAUAUAUUUGGUCGAGUUUGAUCAGACUUUCAGAUUUGUUAAGUUAUCCAUAAAUUUAAAGAAAGAUCCUGGCUUCACCUUACAAAGCAGACAAGGCAAAUGUGAUAAAAUUAGGCAAGAACGGGCCCAUCAGCUCCUCUCUAUCUGGACGGGACAAACCCCAGCUGUGUGUGACUUUGCUUCAACUACUGCUAAGAAAGGUGCUCCUGCUCACAAGCUAGUGAUGGGAGUGCCUUUCUAUGGACGGUCGUGGACGCUGGCAGGAAGUAACAACUUGCCCGGAGCUGCUGCUCGAGGGGCAGGACGUGAGGGUACAUACGUCAAGGCUUCUGGCAACAUGGCCUUCUUUGAGUGCUGUCUGGCACAUAAAAAGGAAGGCUGGACCAAGGUGAAUGGGGAAGGAGGACCUUACCUGAUAAAAGGCGACCAGUGGGUCGGCUACGAUGAUGUUGAUGCUGUUGUCAGGAAGGCUGAGUAUGCAGUGUCCAGAGGUCUGGCUGGUGUCAUGGUCUGGGACGUGGCCACCGAUGACUUUGGUAAUUACUGUGGUCUUGGCAACAAUCCAUUACUGACAGCCAUUGUCACUACCCUUAAGAAGAGUGAAGACAAGACUGGUGGUGGGUGUGAACAUGGUGAACCACCGCCAUCAUCACAACCUUCAUUAAGAAUACCACCAAGUGAAGAAAGAACUGAAGGCGUGAGAAACUUAAAAGAUGGUAAAGAAGACACAACCAGCCAUGAUAGGGACACAAAUAUCAUUGAUGGUAUUGAUGCUACAGGGAAGAAAUCGUACCUGGAAAAAGUGAAUAAUGAUAUAAAUACUUACAACACUACAACCGACCCACCUUACCCAUGGUUGUUAUGGCCCUUCUUCAGGAAGUCAUCUCAGAGUGAAGACAGCACUGUUUCCCCUACACCUUCUUCCUGGCCCUACACUCACUCAUCCACUUCAUCUUUCAGUUCGCCUCCCAACUCCCAGUCUUCUUUUUCCCCUUUUCAUUUUCAUUCUCAGUCACAUCCUCCAUCUUCUCCUUCCAGCUUUAAUCUAAAGUUUACCACGACAGCAUCUCCCACAUUCUUUGUGUCAUCGUCAGCGACAUCAUCGUCAGCAGCAGCAGCAGCAGCUGUCUGGUUUGCAGAGUGCAAUGCUCUGGGUUUUGCUGCUGACCCAGUGUCUUGUUACACCUUCUACAGAUGCACCAACCACUAUGCCUACAAGUUUGACUGUCCCGGUGGACUGUUGUGGAACCAGGACCAGACAACAUGUGACUGGCCUCACUCUGUCCAGUGUAUCCUGCCACUCAUUAAGCCAAACAUACACCGCUUCCUGCCUCCUAAGUCUUGAUUGAAAAUUAAAAUUUUUCAAAAUUUU